GGUCGCACCAACGCGGCCAAAGGAAUCCACGAGAACCUCGAGAACCUCGAGAGGACAGGGUUGCGACCGUGUGUGAGGGAUUGAGUCUGUCUGGUACACCUUGGGAGCCACACGUGGACCGCAAAUGACGCGCGACGCGGCCGACCCCGACGCGCGGCACGCUCGCGGCAUGCACGCGGAGGGCGACGACUGGUCCAAGCUCCCAAACUCGCAGCGCAAGGAUCGGCCGCUCUCGUCGGCGCAGCUCAAGGAGCUGGCAGCAAAGUCGAACGGGAAGGGAUUUGUGGCGCUCGCGGGAAACUGCUCCCUUAUCCUCGCCACCGGCGGCGCCAUCAUGCUCACCGACGGCGUGCUUGUGCCGGCGCUGUGGCGGCAGGCGUGGCCGCCGCUCCUGCUGCUGCUGCUGCUGCUCUGGCAAGGCUUCCUGCUGUCCGCGCUCGGCUUCGCCGCGCAGCACGAGUGCCUUCACUACACCGCCUUCCGCACAAAGUCGCUCAACAGCCUCGUCGGCCGGCUUGUCUCGGUCCCGUCCUUUGCCUUUUUCCUGCACGAGCAGGCGAUGCACAAGGAGCACCACACGUACACGCAGGACUUGGAGAGGGACCCGGAACUGGUCGCCGAGGUGGCGGGCUGCACCUACUCGGGCGCCGCCUCCGGGCUCCCCGACGGAGUCGACCUCGCCGCCGUGGCUGCCGCAGGGAGAAACGGCUUCAAGAAGGUUCCGCUCUCGCGCGCGCAGUACUUUGAGCGCUUCACCUGCCUGUCGGGCUACACCUCCUCCAAGCUGAAGAAGUUUUGGCACUGCGGCCGCGGCGUGCCGGUCGACUACUCGUCCGACGGCUGGCUGCUCAAGCACUGCCCGCCAGGCGCGCGACUCACGGCUUCGCUGCAGUACGAGGCGCGCGUGCAGGCCGGAGGCACGCUGGCGCUGCUCCUGCUCUGGCUCGCCGCGCUCGGCUGGCGCUCGCUGCUGCUGACUUGGCUGCUCCCCGCCUACCUCGGCCCGCCGCUCCUCUACUUCGUCCAGAUGCACGAGCAUGCCGCUUGCGCGCUCGACCCGGACGGCCUCUCCAACACGCGCACGACGCUCACCUCGCCGCUGAUCAACUUUGUGAUGUGGAACAUGAGCUACCACGCCGAGCACCACCUGUACACCAUCCUCCCCUUCCACGCCCUCCCGCGCGCGCACGCCCUCCUCAAGCAGAACCUCGUCAACCUCUCUGAGGGCGGACACCUGUCGGUGCACAGGCAGGUGCUCGGCUCGUGGAUCCGCGAGCAGCACGACGCCAUCGUCAAGGCGGCGAAGAGCGGCGCGGCGGGCAAGGAGAACGAGAAGAGCGACUAGCGCUUUUGCGGGCGUCCCCACGCAGUGCCCAGUGCGGUGUACCUUUCCCCCUUGUGUUCUUGUCAUUGUGCACAUGCACAGUGCUUACGUUUGGGCUACGGGGUGUAGUAGGGUAGUAGCAUGUAUCAUGUAUGUGUACCAAGGUAUGUGUGUGUGCGACGUGGUAUCUUAGGAGCGAGGUGGUCAGCUCUUGCCAGGUGUAUCAUUCUCAUCUGUCAUCGCAGC